CAUAAGGGGUGAUACCUUGUACAAGAUUCACCUGACUACACCAGGACAUAUAAAGGUCUUUCACUGGUCCAAGAUAAAACUCACAGCAGGAAACAAGGAGCAAGUGAUAUUUCACCAUCUGUUCAAGCCGUUAACUACAUUUACUUCUCCAGUGUUUUAUCACCUUAAGGAGUUCAUGUUUUCAGCUUGGUUCGUCGUCUACUCACCAAUUAACAUGAAGCUUGGUGGAAAGGUGCAUAAUGGACCAAGGAAGAGCCCAUUUCCUUUUUUGCAAAUACAAAUACAUUUUCACUUUCAUUGAUGUUGCGAGAUCAGGAAUUUGAGCUGCAUUCAAGAGGUGUCAGAAUAAUCUGACAAAAUUAGUUGCCAGUCAUAUUUCAUGGCUUACCUAAUCCGUUUCCUUUGCCCCCCAUCGUGCAGAUACUGGAAACAGCUUUUAACGUGUUGUUCAAACAUUUUGAGCAAAAACAUACAACACAUCUUCUUUGUAGCAACCAUGUUGGAAGACAGAAGAACAACCUCCCAAUGAGGGAAAAAGGACAGUCCAAAGUGUGCCAUGUGGCAUGGCGGAGGUCUGCCCUCUCCGAGCGCUAUUCUAAUUUCUCAUGCAUUGCCUGCUUGGAUAUCUUGUCACCUUACUUGCUGCUGUUUUGUCAGCCAACACCAUACAUCUGGACCAUUAUCAAGACUAUGUACUUGAAAUUUUUGAGGAGUGCCCUGUCUUUGAUGAGUGAACCUUGCAGUAAGUUUCAAAUCUUCACAUGUGGACGAUUGUGAUGGGCACAAGUUUUUUUGCAGGAGGUGCAGGUUUCCUUUUUUGUGAAAUGUGCUGUGUGACAUCAUCAGAAAAUGUCUCCUUUCUAUUCUAAAGCAGUCCUUUGUUUUUCUCACCACUUUUUGCUCCAUCUGUGCUUUUCUUGGCCCACGUCAGUCAAGUAUUGAACCUUAAAGCAACAACAGCACAACUUAUGGCCAUGGAUCUUUGUCACACAAAGCACAACCAGACUUCCUGGAUACUACAAGAAUAUUGAAAUAUUUGAGAUUGCUAGUUACCUUCAAUGGAUGCAGGCCAUCGGGUCAAUGGAUCUAAUUCAUACUGUGGAACAAUGCUUCAUGAGAGACCUGUUAAUAGAGAGACCUGUGUAAUAGUAAACAGAAAUUGCGGUUUGGUAUGAUGUUGAAUUUUUUGCCGUUCACUUCCAAACCAACAUUGUUAAACGCGUCACACCAUUCUUGUCUUGUAAACAUCUCGCUCUUCGUUGCUGUUGGAGCUGACCAGAAACCCGGCAGGUCUUCCAGCUCCAGCAAUUAAUAAGCGAUCCAUAGUGCGAAUGACUUUUACACAACCAGCUUGUUGUGCUGACGUCAGCAGGUGAUGCUAGCAGCAUACGUUUCCGACCGGAACUCACACUUUGGUUUUGCAUUGCGUCCAUAAAUCUACACACCAUAUGGUCUGCAUGCGACUGUGUGCGCAGGACUGAGACCCAUGUAUUGUGAUGCUUCGGCAUGAAUACCCAAACCGUUACAGUUCUACCUCUGUCUCACUUGCACAUUAAUGUAAAAUGUGUCUGCCUCAUAUAGAAAAACAUGUUUUUUACAUGUUUUUUUAGAUUUCUGGAGAUUUUUUUUACCUUACACUGCAACUGGAUACUAGGAAUAUUACAAGAUCACAAGAAAAUUGAAGAAUCACAAGAUCACGAAAAUCCGUCUUGUCAAGCCUCAACUGAAGCGAUUGUGUCAGCACGACCAAUGUUCGGACCAAUCGGCAUCUUGUGAGGAGCUACUGGCAGAUGGUGACGUAGACAGCGAUAGACAGAUUGUUCAUCCAAUCACCUGCCAGGUAUUUUUUUAAAAGUGCCCGCCCUUUUCCAAAGGAUGGCUUCUCAGAUGGUUCUCUGUGACAAACCAUCCGUUGCGUCAUGUUUGUAACUUUAUGGUAUGGUUCUUUGAUUUGACCAAAAGCUGCAGUGCUCCAGGUAAUUGUCAUAUUGCCACGAUGUCAAGGGAGCCAAUCACAAGAGACUCUGAAGAUGUAUGUUUUGGUGAUAACCUUCUUCCAGCAAGGCUGUUUAAUAUAUGAAGUUAUGUUUAAAAACGUAAAAAUCAGUUGAUGAUACGUACCUUUACUGCACCUCAAGUGAACUGUGGUUUUUUGGUCAACCAUUGUAAAAAAUAUAUUUCCAUGAUAUAACUCUCUCUCUGUUCGUAGCAGUAGAGAACCAGUGUCCUGUUUACUCAGCGCUGAUUGACUUAAUUUUUAUUGCUCUCCUUUCGUUCCUGGCAGAAAGAGGAUGACUUGGUUGCUGCGGGGCACGCUGUCAGACAGAACUACGUACCAGUGUUUGACGACAUCUUACAUUAUCUGGAUUACAUGAAGCUUGAAGAGCCUAUCAUUGGUUUGAACUUUUUGGACCAAUACACCUCUAAUGACCCACAGCAAGGCGUCAGAUAUGCAUGUAGGCUUUGUAGUCAGCACGCAAACCUACCGGAAAUGGUCCGUCAUGUGAUUGGACGUAAACACCGACAGAAAUAUAUGGAGUUCAAACGGCCAGACUUGGUGACCUGGAAUAAACAAACGAUAAUAAACCAUGGAGGAAAGAUCAUACGAGCCAGAGCAGAGAUCAUAGAAAGACAGGAUGGACGAGGAACUCCAACGGUAAUGCAAAAAAAGGGGACGGAGGGCAAAUUAAACAUAUCAAGAGUUCCACCAAAGCAGAAGCAAAAUAGGGUUCGAAACUUCCCGCAGAAAGAACAAGAUUUGCCAUCACUCCUACCAGAACUCAGGGACUAUCAGGGGGAGUCCUCUCACCCAGGGAGGUAUCCUCCAAGUUUCCCAAAUGCAUUCCCUCCACAAGACCCUUACAUGAGGAGCGGAGACAGGCCGAUGUUUCAGCAGGAGGACACUCACAGCCACAACCGCAUGGAGCAGGAGCGGCUGAGGCCAGACGAGAUGUACAGAAGAGAAUACAUGGGCGAUGAUUAUUGUCCCGAGUAUGAAGAUGUCGAAAAUCCACAAAGAAGAGCAGUACUCGAGUCAAGGGGUGCUCCCCGGUACGAUUCAAGAGAGGAGAUGCCCCAUGGCCAGGCUCAGCUCAGCAAGUAUUACCCAGACGAGGCUCCUCCUCAAAGGAGACCCUACGCAGAAAGAGAUCAACUGAAGGAGUUUUACACUGAGGAAGUUAGGCGUGGGCGUGUAGGUUCUGCUGAAUACUCGCCCUCACAGCUGCUGUACCCAGCAGGCGAUGAGCAGCGUUGGUCUCUGGACAGAGAAUCUGAUAUACAUGACAGUAUGAAUCGAACCAGCAGACAGGGAUCAAGUGAGCCGGAGGGCAACAGGAGGAGGUUUCCCACACCUAUGGAGAGUGAGCGGCCACGUGGCAGUUUGUUUAGUAUGAGCAGAGAUUAUUGUCACGGAAUGAGCGAUCCGCAUCAAGAGGAGGCAGGUGGCAACCCUGGGCCGAGCAGAACAGGACCGCCUGCUGCCCAGAGACGAGUGGAAGCUACCCGGUCCAUGUCGGACAUCCCGGAGCCAUUCAGGCGUUUCCUGACGGGGGCCGCUAAAGACGAGGGACACGGUAAACGAAAAAGAAAGAGCCGCUUCUCUGAUGCCACUGCAGAGGAGGUGAAAACGACGAAGGAGAUGUUUAGUGAUGAAUAUGGACCUCCAAAUCUUAAGUUUGCCGGUCGUUCUAGACCAGUUGGCGGACCGUUGAGACUUGAAAACCACAGACCACAACAUCCUGACCACUACACCGCUACCAACUACCAGAGAGGAGGCUCAGAUUCGGGUGUCUUCGAUAUGCUGAAAAACAUUGAAAUUGAAAAUGCAGAAGAAGCUGAUUUCCUGAAGAACAAACUUUGCGACCUUCUGAAAGAAUUCAAGACCAAAAAAUCUGGGAAAGCUGUGCCAAAUAGUCACGGUCGAGCAGCAAUCUCUGAAGACUACAGCAGCCCUGACCCAGAGCUGUCUCCAAGAAACCAGUAUGAAUCAACCCUCAGAGAAGAUUCAGACCUCAGACGGCCAGAAGAGCGCUACUUUGAUGAAGACCACAGAGGAAGAGACCAAACACCUGACGAUCGUCUCCAGGAUUACCACCGUCCUGUUCGUGGGGAACUCAGACAGUCAAACAGAAGCCUUUAUGAAGAGGUUUUUGGGCGCUCCGGGAUGUCUCAGUUGCGACAUGCUUCCCAUCCAGAUGAGCCAGUGCGUGAUCCUGAAAGGUUUCAAGAACCGAGGCACCCUCGUGACUACCGACCUGGCCCUGAGGAGUUUUUGGACUCCCGCUCUUCUGCACCUCCACGCCACAUGGACCUAGGACCAAGGAUGGACAGGGGUCCUCGCUACUCCAACAACCUGGACAAAAUCACCUCCACCCUCCUGGAACUUGUGGCAAGGAAAUAAUUAUUCAAGUUCUGUAAACUUUUUUUAUGCUUCUCUCGGUAGACAUUUGUAAAUAAUUUAAUGAUUGAAAAGCCUGAGUGUUUAUGUAUUAUUAAAACAUUUGUUGACUGCA